AUGGCUGUGGACGCGGCUUCUCAUUUCAGCUUUUGCCGAAAUGCUCUGGAACAAAGUCAGUCAACAGAUGAUCUAAACUACAGGCUGCAAGAUGAUGCCGAGAAUCUUCCUUGGAAUGAAGGGAGAGGGCAACGGACAGCUGGAGGCAGGAACAUAAAACUGUUACAGCAGCCAGGAACAGAAAAUAUUCAGAUCGGAACCAAUGAUGGAUACUGUAGUUUUCACACAAGUCCUACGUUUACAAGACACACUAAACCUGUGGUACUGUGGACCCAGCAAGAUGUUUGUAAAUGGUUAAAGAAACACUGUCCGCAUAAUUAUCUUACCUAUGUGGAGGCAUUCUCACACCAUGCUAUAACAGGUCGGGCAUUACUCAGGCUAAAUGGUGAAAAGCUGGAACGAAUGGGAAUAGUUCAAGAGGGGCAAAGACAAGAGGUACUUCAGCAGGUACUUCAGCUGCAGGUACGCGAGGAAGUGCGAAACCUACAACUACUUAAACAAGCUUCAUUUGAUAAUGGCUCCUAGCUGACAUCUCCUUUGGCAGUUUGCUGUGACAGAGUGGAC